CCGGAAGUGACGUGCCGUGCUUGGCUGGCCGCAAAGUCCGCCGAAGCGCUCCGCCGCGGCUCAGCCAGCUUAGAGGAAAAUGGCUCGGACUGUGGCGUUUGCGGCGGCGCAGGUUGUGGUGGAGGCGGAGGUUCGGGCAGCGUGAGGUAUUACUAUUUUGGAAGCUACGAGAAAAUAUAGAUUAGGGACAAAUUUGGUCUUUUUAGUGGACAUGGCUCAGAUAUCCAGCAACAAUGGAUUUAAACAGUGUUCAUCUUCACAUCCGGAACCAACAAGAACAAAAGAUGUGGACAAAGAAGAAGCAUUACAGAUGGAAGCAGAGGCUUUAGCAAAACUGCAAAAGGAUAGACAGGUGACUGUCAAUCAGAGAGGCUUCGACUUGUCAAACAGCACCAAACAAAAAGCACAAGUUUAUAACAACCAGGAUUAUGAUCUCAUGGUGUUUCCUGAAUCAGAUUCCAAAAAAACAGCAGUAGAUAUUGAUGUAGAAAAGCUUACCCAAGCUGAACUUGAGAAAUUAUUGCUGGAUGACAGUUUUGAGACUAGAAAAACACCUGUAUUGCCAGUUACUCCUGUUCUGAGCCCUUCGUUUUCUGCACAGCUCUAUCUUAGACCUACUUUUCAGAGAGGACAGUGGCCACCCGGAUUACCUGGACCUUCUGCUUAUACAUUACCUUCUAUUUAUCCUUCAACUUAUACCAAACAGGCUGCAUUCCAGAAUGGCUUCAAUCCAAGAAUGCCUACUUUUCCAUCUACAGAACCUAUAUAUUUAAGUCUUCCAGGACAGUCUUCAUAUUUUUCAUAUCCCUUGACACCUGCCACACCCUUUCAUCCACAAGGAAGCUUACCUAUCUAUCGUCCUGGUGUCAGUCCUGACAUGGCAAAAUUAUUUGACAAAAUAGCUAGUACAUCAGAAUUUUUAAAAAAUGGAAGAGCAAGAACUGAUUUGGAGAUAACAAAUUCCAAAGCUGCAGUCAGCAAUCUACAGGUAUCUCCAAAGUCUGAGGAUAUCAGUAAAUUUGACUGGUUAGACUUAGAUCCUCUAAGUAAACCUAAGGUGGACAAUGUAGAAGUAAUAGACCACGAAGAAGAGAAAACUGUUCUAAGUUCACUAGCAGAGGAUCCUUGGGACGCUGUUCUUCUUGAAGAGAGAUCACCAGCAAGUUUUCACCUGGAAAGAAAGGUGAAUGGAAAAUCCCUUUCUGGGGCAACUGUAACAAGAAGCCAGUCUUUAAAUAUCCGAACAACUCAGCUAACAAAAGUCCACGGCCAGAUAUCUCAGAAAGACCCCAGUGGGACCAGUAGUUUGCCAACCGGAAGUUCUCUUCUACAGGAAGUCGAUGUACAGAAUGAGGAGGUGGCAGCUUUUUGUCUAUCUAUUACAAAAUUGAAGACCAAAUUUCUACAUACCAAUCACUGCACGAACCGAGGCUAUUUGUUAAGUCCAGUGACAGUGCAAAGAAACAUAUGUGGAGAAACAGCUAGUGUGAAGGUCUCCAUUGAAAUUGAAGGAUUUCAACUGCCAGUUACUUUUACAUGUGAUGUGAGUUCUACUGUAGAAAUCAUUAUAAUGCAAGCUCUUUGCUGGGUACAUGAUGACUUAAAUCAAGUAGAUGUUGGCAGCUAUGUUCUGAAAGUUUGUGGUCAAGAAGAAGUGCUGCAGAAUAACCAUUGCCUUGGAAGUCAUGAACAUAUUCAAAACUGUCGAAAAUGGGACACAGAGAUUAGAUUGCAACUCUUGACCUUCAGUGCAAUGUGCCAAAAUCUGGCCCGAACGGCAGAAGAUGAUGAAGCACCUGUGAAUUUGAACAAACACCUGCAUCAGAUAGAAAAACCUUAUAAAGAAGUCAUAACAAGACACUCUGUUGAAGAACUCUUAGAUUCUUAUCACAACCAGGUAGAGCUGGCUCUUCAAGUUGAAAACCAACACCGAGCAGUAGACCAAGUAAUUAAAGCUGUCAGAAAAAUCUGUAGUGCUUUAGAUGGUGUAGAAACUCUUGCCAUUACAGAAUCAGUAAAGAAGCUAAAGAGAGCCGUUAAUCUUCCAAGGAGUAAAACUGCUGAUAUGACUUCAUUGUCUGGAGGAGGAGACACUAGCAAGAGUUCAACUAGGGGCUCACUGAGUCCUGGAAAUCCUGUUCAAGUAAGCAUGGACCAACUAACUGCAGCAAUUUAUGAUCUUCUCAGACUCCAUGCAAAUUCUGGCAGGAGUCCUGCAGACUGUGCUCAAAGUAACAGAAACAUAAAGGAAGCUUGGACUACAACAGAACAGCUCCAGUUCACUAUUUUUGCUGCACAUGGAAUUUCAAGUAACUGGAUAUCAAAUUAUGAAAAAUACUACUUGGUAUGUUCCCUGUCUCACAAUGGAAGGGAUCUUUUUAAGCCUAUUCAAUCAAAGAAGGUUGGAACUUAUAAGAAUUUCUUCUAUCUUAUUAAAUGGGAUGAGCUAAUUAUUUUUCCCAUCCAGAUAUCGCAAUUACCAUUAGAAUCACUUCUUCACCUUACUCUUUUUGGAAUUUUAAAUCAGAGCAGUGGAAGUUCCCCUGAUUCUAAUAAGCAGAGAAAGGGGCCAGAAGCUUUGGGCAAAGUUUCUUUACCUCUUUUUGACUUUAAACAGUUUUUAACAUGUGGAACUAAACUUCUCUAUCUUUGGACUUCAUCGCAUACAAAUUCUAUUCCUGGAACAGUACCCAGAAAAGGCUAUAUCAUGGAAAGGAUAGUGCUACAGGUUGAUUUUCCUUCUCCUACAUUUGAUAUUAUUUAUACAACUCCUCAAGUUGACAGAAGCAUUAUACAACCACACAACUUAGAAACACUGGAGAAUGAUAUAAAGGAGAAACUUCUUGAUAUUCUUCAGAGAGACUCAUCACUUGGACUUUCUAAGGAAGAUAAAGCUUUUUUGUGGGAGAAACGAUGUUAUUGCUUCAAAUAUGCAAAUUGUCUUCCUAAAAUACUAGCGAGUGCCCCAAACUGGAAAUGGGUUAAUCUUGCAAAAACUUACUCAUUGCUUUAUCAGUGGCCUCCAUUGCACCCACUGACUGCAUUGGAACUUCUUGAUUCAAAAUUUGCUGAUCAGGAAGUGAGAUCGCUAGCUGUGACCUGGAUUGAAGCCAUUAGUGAUGAUGAGCUAACAGAUCUUCUUCCACAGUUUGUUCAAGCUUUGAAAUAUGAAAUUUACUUGAAUAGUUCAUUAGUGCGCUUCCUUCUAUCCAGAGCAUUGGGAAAUAUCCAGAUAGCCCACAAUUUAUAUUGGCUUCUUAAGGAUGCCCUGCAUGAUGCACAGUUUGGUACCCGCUAUGAACAUGUCUUGGGUGCUCUCCUCUCAGUAGGAGGAAAAGGACUCAGAGAAGAACUUUUAAAGCAGACGAAACUCGUGCAGCUUUUAGGAGGAGUAGCAGAAAAAGUAAGGCAGGCUAGUGGAUCAGCCAGACAGGUUGUCCUUCAAAGGAGUAUGGAACGAGUACAGUCCUUUUUUCUGAGAAAUAAAUGCCGUCUACCUCUCAAGCCAAGCCUAGUGGCAAAAGAAUUAAAUAUUAAGUCAUGUUCCUUCUUUAGUUCUAAUGCUGUGCCCCUCAAAGUCACCAUGGUGAAUGCUGACCCUAUGGGAGAAGAAAUUAAUGUUAUGUUUAAGGUUGGUGAAGAUCUUAGGCAAGAUAUGUUAGCUUUACAGAUGAUAAAGAUUAUGGAUAAGAUCUGGCUUAAAGAAGGACUAGAUCUGAGGAUGGUAAUUUUCAAAUGUCUCUCAACUGGCAGAGAUAGAGGCAUGGUGGAGUUAGUUCCUGCUUCAGAUACCCUCAGGAAAAUCCAAGUGGAAUAUGGUGUGACAGGAUCCUUUAAAGAUAAACCACUUGCAGAGUGGCUGAGGAAGUACAAUCCCUCUGAAGAAGAAUAUGAAAAGGCUUCAGAGAAUUUUAUCUAUUCUUGUGCUGGAUGCUGUGUGGCCACCUAUGUUUUAGGCAUCUGUGAUCGACACAAUGACAAUAUAAUGCUUCGAAGCACAGGACACAUGUUUCACAUUGACUUUGGAAAGUUUUUGGGGCAUGCUCAGAUGUUUGGUAGCUUUAAAAGGGAUCGGGCUCCUUUUGUGCUGACCUCUGAUAUGGCAUAUGUCAUUAAUGGGGGUGAAAAGCCCACCAUUCGUUUCCAGUUGUUUGUGGACCUCUGCUGUCAGGCCUACAACUUGAUAAGAAAGCAAACAAACCUCUUUCUUAACCUCCUUUCACUGAUGAUUCCUUCAGGGUUACCGGAACUUACAAGUAUUCAGGAUUUGAAGUAUGUUAGAGAUGCACUUCAACCCCAAACUACAGAUGCAGAAGCUACCAUUUUCUUUACUAGGCUGAUUGAGUCAAGUUUGGGAAGCAUUGCCACAAAGUUUAACUUCUUCAUUCACAACCUUGCUCAGCUUCGUUUUUCUGGUCUUCCUUCUAAUGAUGAGCCCAUCCUUUCAUUUUCACCCAAAACAUACUCCUUUAGACAAGAUGGUCGAAUCAAGGAAGUCUCUGUUUUCACAUAUCAUAAGAAAUAUAACCCAGAUAAACAUUAUAUUUAUGUAGUCCGAAUUUUGAGGGAAGGACAACUUGAACCAUCAUUUGUUUUCCGGACAUUUGAUGAAUUUCAGGAACUUCAUAAUAAGCUCAGUAUUAUUUUUCCACUGUGGAAGUUACCAGGCUUUCCUAAUAGGAUGGUUCUAGGAAGAACACACAUCAAAGAUGUAGCAGCCAAAAGAAAAAUUGAGUUAAACAGUUAUUUACAAAGUUUGAUGAGUGCUUCAACAGAUGUAGCAGAGUGUGACCUUGUUUGUACUUUUUUUCACCCUUUACUUCGUGAUGAGAAAGCUGAAGGAAUAGCUAGGUCUGCAGAUGCAGGUCCCUUCAGUCCUACUCCAGGCCAAAUAGGAGGAGCAGUGAAAUUAUCUGUCUCUUACCGAAAUGGUACUCUUUUCAUCAUGGUGAUGCACAUCAAAGAUCUUGUUACUGAAGAUGGGGCUGACCCAAAUCCCUAUGUCAAAACGUACCUACUUCCAGAUACUCACAAAACAUCCAAACGUAAAACCAAAAUUUCACGAAAAACGAGGAAUCCAACAUUUAAUGAAAUGCUUGUAUACAGUGGAUAUAGCAAAGAAACUCUCAGACAGAGAGAACUUCAACUAAGUGUACUCAGUGCAGAAUCUCUGCGGGAAAAUUUUUUCUUGGGUGGAAUAACGCUGCCUCUGAAAGAUUUCAACUUGAGCAAAGAGACUGUUAAGUGGUAUCAGCUGACUGCAGCAACUUACUUGUAAACUAAUGAAUUCUGAGCUUUGGAAACAAGAACAUUUAUAAACUUGUGUGCACAUGCACACAUACAAACUUUGUAUAGUAUUUUUAUACUUGGACAAAUAUUACAAAGUUAAAUUUCAACACAUCUGUUGGACCAACAGACACAUAACUAACCUUUAUGAAUUUUUGAAAGCCAUUGCUAUUUUCAAGUCAUUAUGCUGUAUGCUAUAAACCCUAAACUUAAUAUAUAUUAAGUCCCGAAAAAGACUUUGAGACAGUACUAUAUCUGUUCAGGCCCCUAUUUUGCAUUGUUUCCUGUAUAGAGCAACAUGUUUGUUUUCUUUUUAUGCACCUUUUACAGCCUUUACCACUGUGUAUGUUCUCAAACACCAAAGUAAAGGAAAGAUGCAGGAUAUUACCUUAAAAUGCAGUUGCUAUUCACAGGGCUAAAAAGCAAAGCACAAAUAAUAGAUAGCUAUGUUAAGAACUACUAAGUAGUUUAUAGAAGUAGGGAAGAAAUAAUAUUGAUUUUUAUUCAUAUCUUUUCUGAUGUGAAAAAGCCUUUUUUGGAAUAAGUGCCAGUCACUGAAGUUGUAAAUAAUGGUGCCUUAACUUUGUAUGCUUCCCUGGCACUUCAUUUCUGCUUUUUUCCCUAAUUUGAUAAAUGAUUGUAGGUAGUUUUGUGUUACUUUCAUCUUACUGAACAAGAAAUUAUGUACAUAUACUAAUAUUUUUCCCACAAAAAGAUAAUUUUUUCUACUUCUGAUGUGUGACUUAAUUAAACAAUCAAGCCAUUUGAUUUAAAUUUUUGUUGCCCAGUACCUAAACAAGAUUUAUAAUGUAGUUGUCACUAAAUUUUAUCAUUCCAUUGUAAUUCUCCAUUUAUUCCCAGGGCUGUGAAUUGAGAUUUGAUCCCUGUACCUCUGUAGCUCUACUCCAACCCCUCAUUAACAGGUGAAAAUUCUCCCGCCAGGUACCCAUUCCUGAGUAGGGCACUCUUACAAGAGGCCUAGGACAAGAAUUUUAGGGUUUAGCCUGAAUGUUAAUAUAGACCAUUCUGGAAAUUUAUGUCUUAAAUUGUCUUAUUAACAUUUAUUUAAUUUAGGUAAAUAUAUAUAUAUGUAUAUGCACAAAAUGAGAACUUCCACAGUUAGAAUAUAAAUUCAGACACUUUUUAAAUGGUAAUAGAGAUUGUACCAAUUUGGUUGCUGUGAGAAAACUAACAAAAUAUGCAAUGAGGAGUACCAAGAGAGAAAGGACAAUCUCCAUUCAGUUGCCUAGAAUACAAUAGAAUUUUUUUGAACUGUGCAAAUGCUUAAUGUAAAUGGUGAUACCAGCAGAGCAGAAAUAGAAGAGUUAAGAAUAUAUCAGAGGAACAGAGUGGAAGAAAAACUUGAAAUUUUUGGUGCCUAACACUAAUGGUCCACUUGUAGUUAAACCUGUGAGUAUGAUAAUAUGUCUUUUUUAAAAUGUUAAAAUGUGUUGUCUAUUUAAUAAGUUAAUAUGCAGAUCAAAACACCACCAUUUGCUUUUUCCACAUACCUUUAACAUUUCCUGAAAGUGUUUGAGUAGCUUUACAAUUACAAGUACACUAGAAAUUUUCACUUAACCUUUUGAGACUUAAGUCCAUUCCAUGAGUUGUCACUUAGCCACUGUACAAAACAAAAAAAGUACUGUCUUGGGAAAAGGUCAUUGUUGAUUGGACUCAACAUAUACUGCCUUUUUGCAGUCUGUUAUAGCAAUGUCUUUUAGCACAAAUGAUAAUAGAUCUAGAAAAUGUGAUAUCACUUUUUAAUAAUAAGAAAUCUGGAUUCAUAUCUAAAAGUGUAUAUUAUGAUUAAUACUGUACAGUUAAGUGUUCAGAACAAGUGGUAAUGUUUUAAUUUAACUCAUUUUGUGCCUUUGAUCAUUAAAACACACGCAUAUAUUUUACAAAUAGUUUAAUAUAAGUUAUUUCGUUAUGAAACACUAAUCUUCAGUCUGUACCAAAAGAUAAAAACAAAGAUCCUUUUUGCACUAUUACUAUCAAUCAAUUUUAAAUCAGUUGGAGUCUCAAAUUUUUUAAAAAGCUUACAUUAAAGUAAAUCUGAAAAACAAAAGUUGAAACAAACUGUCCACGACCCUAAUUUUUAUGUAUAAUCACAAUAUUUGUACCAAUCUUUAAUGACUAAAAGUAAUUGUGCUACAUGUAAGUCCUGCAUCAGAAGAAUUCUUUCUUACUUGCCACUGUUUUGGGAUUUGAAGAUAAUAGUUCACUCCAGGAACUUAUUAUUUUCUCUACCGAGGAACCCAAUGUAGAACUUGCACUGAUAUUUUCAUAACUGCCUUUAUAUAAAUCAGUAGGUAUCUAAAUGUUAAGGCAUGUAUGAUCUUUGAUAAAAUGUUCCUUUUUUCAAAUUAUAGUUGUAUAAAAGUUUCAGUAUCUUGCCUUAAAUCGGUUGAUUGUUCUUUCUAGGAUUCAAAUAUUAAUGGUGUUUAAGAAAACAUAAAAUUCACUUUGAUACUUAGACUUCAGGUCAAAAAGGACUAAAGCCCCACUACCAUAAUCCAUAGAUUUACUUACAUUUUGUUUGACUACAGUGCAAAUAUGAAUAUGGGAAUUAGUCUCAGCGAUAAGAACCAAAAUGCUUUAAUUAUAUUAAGGUAGUGAAUAAAGAUGUAUAAUAUUUUUUAUUAAUACCUUGAAUAUAUUCAGUGAAUUGAAUGUGACUUUAUAACUGUACUACAAUUGUAUUAAAAUAUUUCUGGAAUAAAAAAA